AUGGAGACAAUGAUCCCCGUAGAAGUAGAUGAAAGAUUCCUUAGGGUGAUCUUCUACAAUGAGGAUACUAACUCCCAAGCCCAAAAGGAAGAACUCAACCUGCUUCCAGAAGUCCGAGAAAGAGCUCGGAUCAGAGAGGAAGCCCUGAAGCAUCGAAUCACCUCAAGGUACAACCGGAAGGCGCCACACCCGAUUUCCCCAAAUUCACACACACAACACAAACACAACACAAAAACACACGCACAGCAAGAGAAAGGGAAAAACGGAGAGGGAAAGAAAGGAAAAGAAAGGGGGAAGCUGGAAUCAGAGAGCAAGAAAAGGAGAGGGGGAAGAGGGAGGACGGCGCUGGCGGGAAUCACUGCCGCCGCGCCGUCGUGUCGCCGUCAGGAAGGAGGAGACGUUGAGCGAGAGGAAGAGCUCCGCAAGGAAGGAGAGCCGCUGUGCCUCCAUCGCCGCUGUCAGUUUGCGUUCUUCUGUCACCGAGGGAAGCCACCGCUGUCGUCGUCUUCAUCGCGAGCGGGUUGUUGCCAGCUUCCACCGCCGUCGCAUCUCCCAUCACGGACGACGCUGAGGACGCACAGGAGAGACAGACGCGUGGAGAUUGGAAGACGGAGGAAAAAGGAGGAGGCGUUGUUCGCCCUGCUGCGCCCAGUCGCCGUUCGUGGAGUCACCGUCGUCGGCGCUGUUAGGGGUUGCUUCACUGAGCCCCUGUCACCGGAAAACAGCGCUGCCUCGCCGGGAUUCACUACCGGAGGGAAGGGCAAGCUCAAGGGAGUUGAGGAGCAGCUAAGAUUGCUUAGGAGCUCUGUUGUCAUAACCAAAAAAUUUUCAGCCACUAAGAUGGAUGCUUGUGGUAGUAGAAUUGAGCCAUACUCAUAUUUGCAUAUCUACAACAAGGAUUUUCCAUCGGGUAUAUGUCUCUCAUAG